AGAAAGAAAAAGAAAGAAAGAAAGAGUCGAGAGAUUUCACUAGUCACUUUCAAGCAUAGUUAGAAAAUGGACAAUAAAUCUAAGGUUAAAUCGAACUACUCUAUCUCCCUUUACUUCUUUGGCUGUUUGCAUGGUUGGAUAUUAGCUGUCAAAUAAGAAAACAAGAACAAACUAUUCAUAUAUUUUUCUUUUUUUUUUUUUGAUUUUCCUUCCACAAUCUCUUUAUUUUAUUGCGUCAAAAACCUUAUAAAAACUCUUUCACAAACCCCUUUUCUACUACCCUCUCUUUCCCAGGCCUUUCUUUACCAUAUGCACUCUUUUUCAGCUUCUCUGAGCCUUCAGCAGUUUUGGGUUUAAGCUCACUUUUGCAAUUUUUGGAUUAAAAGAAUUUUGAUUCUUCAUUGAAGUUUCCAAUUUUUAGGCUCAAAAACUGACAAGUUUUGGCAAUAAAGUUCCAGUUUUUAGCCCCCAAAAGAAAAAAAAAGUUUGCUCUUUUUAAUGUUUUGUUGAAGAAAAACAAACAAAACUGACUUUUGGACUUUGGGGUGUUGAUAGUUUUUGUUGAAAAAAAAUGAAAAAUUGAAUCAUAAAAGCCUUUAACUUUGGCUUUCCCUUAAAAAAGUUUUUCUUGAAUUUGGGUGUUUUCUUUAGCUCGGUCUUGAAGAUUUUCAACUUAUAGUAUAAGGCUUUAGAUUCUGCUUUGAGCUAUUUUGGCAAUGCAGACUUUAUGUUCUUGUGAAGAAGGGAUAGAGAUCGGAAAGGUGAUGGAAAACAAAAGGAGCCCUUGCUCUGUUGAUAAUAGCAGUUUCACUUCUUUGGCAUCCAAACGGCAGAAGGCUGAUUUAUCUAUCUCCACAAAGGAUAGGAAAGAGAAGGUUGGUGAACGGAUUGUUGCUCUGCAGCAGCUUGUUUCACCAUAUGGAAAGACAGAUACAGCUUCUGUCCUCCUGGAGGCAAUGGAAUACAUAAGAUUUCUUCAUGAACAAGUUAAGGUGUUGAGUGCUCCAUAUCUCCAAACCAAACCAAAAAACAAUAUGCAGGAUGUUGAGCAUUAUAGCCUGAGGAACCGAGGUUUAUGCCUUGUUCCGAUCUCUUGUACCGUUGGUGUUGCUCACAGCAAUGGUGCUGAUCUUUGGGCUCCCAUCAAGACCACAUCUCCUAAAUUUGACAAGGCUAUCUCACAAUUCAAUUGACAUUUUAUUUCACAGCAACUGGAAGGCUUUGAAGUUUACUAGAAUUGGUUUAGAAGGUAACCGACUUAAUAUUCGAUGCUCAAAAUUUUCUGAGGCAGAUGCAACUUUGUAACUGAAAGUUAUAGCUUGAAGCACUAAGAUAGGAUGAUGGUAGGCAAAAUUAUUAGUCUUUGAUUAGGAGAAUUGUGUUAUCUAAAAUGCAGACCUGCACCUUUAUAGUUUUAAGCUGGUGUUCGGAUCAAACCUGCAUUCAAUCUAUUCAAUUAUAGAAACUUCUUGCUUUCUCCUGAUCAUGUAAUGUAAAAUGUAUAUUGAGGAACAUGAGUUGAACAACUAUAAAUUGUAUCUAUUAAUAUAGGAAGGGGAAUUCCAUGGUUAA